CGAAGAUGGGCUACCCCUGGGGCCUAGAGCCAGAAAGCCCAGUAAUAUUGGCCGGCACCCCCAGGGAAGGGGGGCCACCAUGGGGUCCUCUGCUGGAGGUUUAGACGAAAGGCCUGUGAGUCAGGAAAAAGGGUGAGUUGGCCUGAAAACAGGAGAGACUGAUAAAGGCCAGUGUUCCAGGCCAUCUCCAAAGGGGCAGAGAAGAACUGCGGCCUGUGGGUCUGGAGGAAGGCUCUUAGCCCAGCCUCAGUUGACCCUGUUUGUUUCCUUGCCCUCUGGCUCUGCCCACUUCUGCUGUAGCUCUGCCUCUGACCUGGCUCCUUGCCCUACCUCCCCCUUGGGCAAACAGAGGAGGACCAAAGGUCAGAGUUGGGUUGUGGGAGGAUAGGUAAAGAGGGUUGAGGAAUCAUCUCGGGAGACCCUCUCUGCCUGGGCAAAGGAUUGCUGGGCCUCUCUGCUGAAGCAGAACACCAGGGGAAUUUUCUCUCCCAAACAAGCUGAUGCUGAAGUCUUACGACCAAUAUCUAAGGUUUUCUUGAUGGCGUCAGGCAGGGCUCGCUGCACCCGGAAGCUCCGAAGCUGGGUGGUAGAACAAGUGGAGAGUGGGCAGUUCCCUGGGGUGUGCUGGGAUGAUGAGCCAGCUAAGACCAUGUUCCGGAUUCCCUGGAAGCACGCAGGCAAGCAGGACUUCCGGGAGGACCAAGAUGCCCUCUUCUUCAAGGCCUGGGCAAUCUUUAAGGGAAAGUACAAAGAGGGGGACACACAAGGCCCUGCUGUCUGGAAGACUCGUCUACGCUGUGCCCUCAACAAGAGUCCAGAAUUUGAGGAGGUUCCUGAGAGAGGCCGUAUGGAUACUGCUGAGCCCUACAAGGUAUAUCGGCUGCUGCCUCCAGGAACCCUGCCUGCCCAGCCAGGUACCCAGAAAUCAUCAAAGCGACACCACAGUUCUGUGUCCCCAAAGAAGGAAGAGGAGGAAGAGACGGUGAAGAGCUUCGCAUUCAGUCCAUCCUGCCUCCAGGACCCCUUCAGUAAUGAGGAGGCAAGAGCUGCUGGGGGAGCAGGCCAUCUAGACAGUGGGAGCAGCAGCAGCAGCCGUAGCCCUGACCCACAGGAAGGUGCAGACAGCACUGAGGCUCCAGAGAAUCAGAUGGAGCAUCUGCUCCCCAGGGACCCAGACUACUCGCUGCUGCUCACCUUCAUCUACAGUGGGCGUGUGGUGGACAAGCGCCAGGUGGGCAGCCUGGACUGUCGCCUUGUGGCUGAGGCCUCCAGCUCUGAGAGCACCAUAACACAGGUGACAUUUCCCAAGCCUGAUCCAUGGGAGCCCAGCCAGCGCCUGCUGAGCCAGCUUGAAAAAGGCAUCCUGGUGGCCAGCAACUCCCGAGGCCUCUUUGUGCAGAGCCUUUGUCCCAUCCCCAUCUCCUGGAACGCACCCCAGGCCCCACCUGGCCCAGGCCCACAUCUGCUGCCCAGCAACAAGUGCGUGGAGCUCUUCAAAGCUUCCUGCUUCUGCAGAGACUUCGACAAGUACUCCCAGGGCCUGGGUCCCCCACCCAAGUCCCAGGUAACACUGCAUUUCUGGGAAGAGAACCCUGGCUCCAGCCGUACGCUACAGAAUCCUAUCACAGUACAAAUGGAGCAAGCUUUUACCCGGCAUUUACUGAAGGAGACUCCAGAGGAUCAGAGAGCCCCUCUGUUCCUGAUGCAGAGCUGAGGAGGGUCCGCCUGCCUCUUCCCCUCUGUUCCUUCUGCCUCCUUUGGAAAGGACUCCCUUCUGCAUUGUCGAUCAGCCUCCCUUUGUGUUCACUGCAGUAUGAUCUGCCUCCAAGUUGUCCUGGAACUCUCACGCACCAUGAGAACGUUUCAUCCUUUGACAAUUUUUUUUUGGACAUAACUCUUUUAUCUCCAAAGAACUGGGAACUUUCCAAGUCGUAUGUUACUCAGGGGUCCUUUCCUUCUUCCGCAAACCUCAACUCUAAAGCUAAGCACUUUAUAUUUUCUUCUUAGGUCUUCACUAAAGAUCUA